UAUGAAGAAACAAUCAAAAACAGAGUCUUUACAAGAAUGCCAGAACUGUGCAAUAACGAUUAGCACAAGGGAUGUUGACAAUCACAAAUCAGUUUGUGGAAAAUCUAGAAAAGAAUAUGAUCACUCUUUUAUUGAUAGCUAUGAAUUGAAUGCUAAACUAACAACAGGAGAUGUUGAAAAUGAAAAAGUAAUAUAUGCUACUCCAGUAAUAAUGAGGCACUGCAAAUUUCGAAUUGGUAGACCAGUUUUGGUAAAUAAUAAAUUCUUAUGUAAUAUUUGGAAUAAAAAUAGUCUACCGACUUUAACAUCCGUUCAAGUUCAUUCAAAAUUCGCUUAUAAAUUUCAAAUAAAAAAGGACAUGAUAAGUCUCCGAUCUUAUUCACAGCAUAUUCCAUUAGCAGGAAAAAUUUAUUGGACACUUAAUAAAGAAAAUACAAAUACCAAUAAAGAUUGGUUCGAUGGAGUUAGUAGUUUUCUUAAAAUUACUUUAUACGACGAAUACGUCAAUAAGGAUUUAUCUAUGAAUUUGAUGUACUUAGGAGUUCCUCUUUCUGUUUGUAUUAAAGAUAUUAGGGGACUUAGGAUUUUUCAGAAUCUUUCACUAGAAGACGAGAAAUACUAUCGAGUUUGCUCGGAUACUGUAUUCAUUAACGAAACUAUUCGUAAAACUGAAAAAGAACACUCUACAGACUUAAGUUUCGAAGAUAUUGGCGGAUUAGCCGAUGUGAAAGAUAAACUUGUUGAAUUUGGUAAAUUGUUAGAAAAGCAACAUACAUCUAUUCUUCCUUCUGGAAUUCUAUUGCAUGGACCUUCUGGAACGGGGAAAACGUUGAUCGCUAAGGCUUUUUUAAGACACCUUCAAUCUAAGGAUAUUUAUAAAGUUCAGUUUAGUUCAGGAGAUAUCUUAAGCAAGUAUCAAGGCGAAUCUGAAUCUAAAGUUAAAGCGUAUUUUAACGAAGCUCGAACAAAUUCACCAUCUGUUAUUUUAAUAGAUGAUAUAAAUGUAAUAUGCGCAAAGAAGGAGUCGGAAAACGUUCUCAAGAGAAUUGUUUCGGUUCUGGUAACAGAAAUGGACUCAAUUACAACGACAUCUUCGCCAGUUCUCGUUAUAGCCACUAGUAAUAAGACUGACGAAAUAGAUAUAUCCUUACGAAGAGCAGGCAGAUUGGAAUAUGAAAUUGAAAUACCAGUUCCCAAUGAAAGAGAUAGGAAAGAAAUAUUGCAAGGACUGCUUUCUAAAAUAAAGGACUAUGAGGAGUUUGAUAUUGAAGAGAUUUCCAAGAGGGCUCACGGUUACGUUGGAUCUGAUUUAGUAGCAGUUAUUAAGGACGCUCGUUUUUCAGCUCUAAAAAGCAAUAGAAAAUUGAAAAAAGAAGACAUAGUAUUUUCUUUAAAUCUUAUCAAACCAUCAGCCAUAAGAGAGAUAAUCGUUUCCGUUCCAGACACUAGAUGGAGCGAUAUUGGCGGUCAAGAUACUCUGAAGCUAAAAUUAAAACAAGCCGUAGAAUGGCCUAUUACGAGGAGGGAAGCAUUCCAAAAGCUUGGUAUCAAGCCCCCUAGAGGAUUGUUAAUGUUUGGGCCCCCUGGUUGUUCAAAAACUUUAACAGCUAAAGCUUUAGCUAAUGAAACAAAUUUAAAUUUUCUAGCAGUUAAAGGACCAGAGCUCCUUUCAAAGUGGGUAGGCGAAUCAGAAAGAGCCGUAAGGCAACUAUUUCAAAAGGCCAGGCAAGCUGCACCAGCAAUAGUUUUCUUUGAUGAAAUUGACGCUAUCGGUAGUAAAAGAUCGUCCGAAGGGUCAUCAAGUUCUACCGAUGUCUCAGAUCGUGUUCUAGCUCAAUUAUUAACUGAAAUUGACGGUGUAACAAAUUUAGAUAAUGUGACAAUUGUAGCUGCAACAAACAGACCUGACAGAAUCGAUCCAGCUCUACUUAGACCUGGAAGAAUAGAUAGGCUUAUAUAUGUUCCCCUACCAGAUUCAGAAACAAGAUUAAAAAUCCUACAGAUUCACUGCAGUAAGACCCGCGUAUCUGAAGAUAUAGACUUAACUGAGAUAGUAGCCAAAACGGAAGGAUAUUCUGGAGCAGAAUUGGAGGCAAUAAUUAGAGAAGCAGCCCUAUUGGCCAUAGGGGAUAAUAGUCAACAAAUUACUAAAAAUCACCUAGAAAUGUCUUUGAAAAUUGUUACCCCUAGAACAGAUAUGAAAAUGAUUAAUUUUUAUGAUAAAUUUGCCUUAAAAACUAGUCUAUCAAAAUAG